UCUCUUGUCUCUCAGCCACACCCCACCAUAUAUCCCAAUUAAGCAUUUAGUCUCAAAGAACUGCUAGUAUUGGUAAAUGAAGGACAGUUCUGCAGCUUUGUCAAUGGAGAAUUUGUUGGGGCUUCUCAAGAUUCAUAUUCACAGAGGUAUAAACUUGGCCAUCAGAGAUGUCUGCAGCAGCGACCCUUACGUUGUGGUUCGCUUGGGCAAGAAACAGAAAUUAAAGACCAAAGUGGUGAACAAUAGCGUGAAUCCUGAGUGGAACGAACACUUGACUCUGUCUAUUACAGAUCCAACUCUCCCCAUCAGAUUGCAAGUGUAUGACAAAGAUACAUUCAGUAUGGAUGAUAAGAUGGGCGAUGCAGAAUUUGACAUCUUACGUUUCAUGGAAGUUGUGAAGAUGGAGUUGGCAGACAUCCCAAACGGGAGCAUAAUAGCUAAGGUGAAACCGAGCCGAGAGAAUUGCCUAGCUGAAGAAAGUGACAUCGUUUGGGAAAAUGAUAAGGUUGUGCAGAAGAUGGUGCUUAGAUUGCAGAAUGUGGAGUGUGGUGAGGUGGAGCUCGAGUUGGAAUGGGUCUCUCUUCGUCCUACCACUUCCAAUAAGGGUCAUUAGUCACUGUCUGUAAUUGGGGAAAAGCGUACCCUGUAUAUCUGAUUGUACAAUGCUCACCGUAUAAUCAAGUAUUUAACGUUAAAAGAAAUGAGUAUAAUAUUGAAAAGCAAUGAAUAAUGGUAUUAAAUUA